UUACGAAGCAAGUUGAGCCCCCAGGAGAUCCAAGGAUUCGCCCUUCUGCUCCGUGAAUACCGGACGGGCUUGGCGGUGGAAAGAUACUGCACCGGACUCCUCAGUCUCUAUGGGGAAAAGCGGAAAUUUCUCCUUUUGGGAAUGCGGCCCUUCAUCCCUGACCGGGACAUCGGCUACUUUGAGAGCUUCCUGGAGAGCAUCGGCAUCCGGGAAGGUGGCAUCUUGACCGACAGCUUUGGCCGCAUCAAGAAGAGCAUGAGCAGCACCUCGGCUUCGGCCGUGCGGAGCUACGACAGCUGGUCCUUGCACUCCGAGUCGGAGUCCUUCAAUCGCCGGAUCGCCAACAUCACGCAUGACAUCGAAGCCCUGGCGGGAGACGAGGAAGAGGAGGAGGCGGAGCAUGGGAGCGAUGAAGACAAUUAUCUCUGAAGGGGGGAGCUGACUGGCCAGGAAGGAAGGAAGCCCCCUCGUCCCCCGGACCCUUUGAUUGGUCACAUCCAUCAGCCAACCAGGCUUUAAGAUGGAUGGACUUCAACUCCCAGAAUUCCCCAGCCGGCAGACUUUAAG